AUGUGCCUCGAAGAAACCAACCACUUCCUAAGAUGUGGUCACGGCAGCGCCCUCGUGGUAACCAUUUGUAAUAUCUACGCAAACAUGGUCGAAGCCGAUCCAACAGGAUACUUCACAUCAAAGGACAGACUACCAUUAGGCUUAUGUCCCGGGUGGAGACGCAUCCGUACCAAAUACUCAAGAUACUGUGAUCAAUGCGAAGCAAAAAUUCAGGAAGAUUUUAGGAAGCAAAAGGAGGAAGAGAGAAAAAAGAAUAAGCAGAAAAAGAAAAAGAUGGAUGGAGAUGGGAGCGAUGGUACACCUGAGAGCUAUUCUAGUGCGGGGAGCGCUGAUAGCUGGCAGUUGGUGAUUCAGGCUCCUUCGGAGGCUGAUGUUCCAUUAGCGUCGACUUCUAGUAUGGCUAAAAACGUUGACGUUUCUAAAUAG